CCAUGGUGCGUGCUCGGGCCACUUCUGCACCCCGGAGGGCCUUCGUCCUGCUGGCUCUGGUGCUGGUCGCCGGGCUGGCGCCGGGGGCCAGGGGGGAGGGCGGGGGCGAGAGGAGGGUGAGGAGGAGGAGCCCGAAGGAGAGAGAUUACGAAAAUAAAUUGGUGAAUGGCGAAGAUGAGACUGUGGCCUACGAGAAGGUGAAGGACACCCUGAGGAGUAUCUUCGCGAAGGGCGUCGAGCCUGACCACGCAGAGGACGAGAGCAUCAAGGACUACCUCGAGCCGGACUUCGACGACCCAGGCGCUUUUUCGAAGCAGAUACCUGGCAGGAACGACCUGUCCGAGGCUACGAGUUCCCUAAGGUCGUCUCCAACGCGACGACGCGGUCUUGUGCAAGACGACGAGGAACUCCUGGAAGGUGCAGAGGACCUGGCGAAGCGAGGCUAUGCUAACGCCCACAGCAAGCUCCACUCCGCCGCCCACGGAGGGAGGGAGCACACAAAGGCCUUCCUGAACGAGUGGGCGGUGCACAUGACGGGCGGCCAGGAGCUCGCUCGGUCCGUGGCCAAGGACCUCGGCUACCAAUUCCUCGGCCAGGUGGGCGAGCUAAAAGACGUGUAUCGCCUGGUAAAGCUGGACCACCCUCGAACCCACAAGAGAGACGCGCCCACGCUCACCCACCACCUCGCCAGCCAGGCCGAGGUGUUGUGGGCAGAGCAGCAGUUCAUCAAGGAGAGGACCAAGCGAUCCAUCCCUCCCGAGGCUGACGAAGAUCCUGACGCGCCUCUCGUAAGGGUCAAGAGAAUUUCUGGGUUCGAGGAAGAGGCAGAGGAGGACGCUCGAGGAGGACUCGGGCGAGGGAGAAGGUCGGCGCAGGCAGCGAAGGCCGAAGAGCUGGAGAGAAAAUUCAACGACGAGCUCUGGGUUCAUCAGUGGUACCUGUACGACACCCGGACGCGACCUGACCUGCCCAAGCUAGACAUGCAAGUCGUGCCCGUGUGGGAUCAGGGAGUGACCGGCAAAGGAGUCCGGGUUCUUGUGCUGGACGACGGCAUCGAGUGGCGACAUAAGGAUAUCAGGGACAGUUAUGACAGGGAGACGAGCUACGACCUCAACGACAACGACGACGACCCUUCGCCCCGCUACGACGGCCACCUGACCAACUCCCACGGCACGCGCUGCGCCGGAGAGAUCGUCAUGGCGCCCAACAACAAGAUCUGCGGCGUGGGCGUGGCGUACGGCGCGAAGGUGGGAGGCGUGCGGAUGCUGGACGGCCUUGUGAGCGACACCAUAGAAGGAAGCGCCUUGGGACAUGCGCUCGACAAAGUGGACAUCGUGACGUGCUCUUGGGGGCCCACAGAUGACGGCAGGAGGGUUGAGGGGCCCGGGAAGCUUGCGAAGGAGGCUAUCAAGCAGGGCGUGGAGAUGGGACGGCAAGGGAAGGGCAUCUUCUACGUCUGGGCGUCGGGCAACGGAGGCUCCUCGGGCGACAACUGCAACUGCGACGGCUACACCUCCUCCAUCUAUACCUUGAGUAUUAGCAGCGCCUCCGAGUCGGGGAAAUUCCCUUGGUAUGGCGAACGGUGCGCCUCCACGCUCGCGUCUGCUUAUUCCUCCGGGGCCUACACGGAUCAGAAGAUUGCCACGACGGACCUCCACGGCACCUGCACAGACCGGUUCACGGGGACAUCGGCAGCCGCUCCUCUCGCUGCGGGGAUCCUCGCGCUCGCCCUCGAAGUCAAUCCGGAAAUGACCUGGCGCGACAUGCAGCACGCGGUUGUGUGGAGCAGCGAGGUCGGACCGCUUCAUCACAACGGCGGCUGGGUGACCAACGGGCGCGGUCUGAGGGUCAACCCUCGCUUCGGUUUCGGUCUGCUCAGCGCCGUCGGUCUCGUGGGCGUCGCUAGUAACUGGACUCGCGUGCCGGACAAGACCGUCUGCAGGAUCACGCCUUCCAACAGCACGGGAGGUGACCUGCAGACCGGCGAAGAAGUCCUGAUCUACUUCGAAGUGGAGUCGAGUUGCGUGAUUAGGUCCCUUGAACACGUCCAGGUCAUCGCCUCCAUCAGCUACUCCAGGAGAGGCGCCCUGGACAUCGCUCUUAUGAGUCCUAUGGGCACACCGACGACACUCCUGAGUCCUCGCGUGGCGGACGGAUCCACGGAAGGAUUCAAGGACUGGGCGUUCAUGUCCGUUCAUACCUGGGGAGAGGAUCCGCGAGGAGUCUGGAAGUUGAACAUCUCCGAUUAUCAAACGGAGGAAAAAGAAAACGGAACAGUUAAUGAGGUCGUUUUAGUCCUUCAUGGAACAAGUGAAAUUCCAGCUCACAUGAGGACUAAAAGAACAUACAACAUGGAAUUCGACAUGUCCGAGGAAGACGAAGCCGAGGACGACCAGCUGUCCCUCAGUUCGGACCAUCUGCGGUCACUAAGCUGGGAGCAGCUGGUAGCUCUCCUGUCCCAGAGCACAAGAUCAACAUUCUCUGAAGCAGACGUAAAGAUGCUUCUGGAGGAGAAUCGACUGGAGGAAACGCUCAGGAACAUCCAAUCAGAAAGCGGCAAUUCGGAGGCGAGAAGUAUCGAUGGUUUUGAUUGGUCGGCCGUUCUACGAGAGCUGAUGGCCAGGAGGUGAUUGCGUGGGCGAUGUAAACCAAGCUGAAAAAAAAACGAAGGAAAAAAAAAUAUGCACACGCACACUCAUACGUACACAGAAAUGUACACACAGAAGACUCUGGCUUUGAAAGAAAGAAAGAAAGAAGGAAAGAAAGAAAGAAAAAAAAAGAAUGCUAAUCAUACAUCAAAAAGAAAUAGGAAAAGGAAGAGAAAAUCUGACAGAAAAUCACCACAGAAAAUAUAAAUAUAAUUUCCUUCACACUUUCAUGGCAGCGGUGAUGGAUUACUGUUCAUAUUUAUAAACACAAUAUCAAAAAUAUUACGAGAAAGAGUGACUGUUUUAUUCAGUAACACUUUAUGAGAGAAAUAUAUUGCAAAUAUCGAUUGCAAACUGCAUGCUGAUUUUGUCGUGUCUAAUGAGUGUAAUAAAUAUAUUCAGGUAUACUAGAAUAAAAUAUAUAAUUUAUUUUCUAUAUUUUGUGUGAAUUCAUGACAUGCUGUAGAAUUGCAAAGAAUUACAUACUACAAUAAAUCUAAUGGGAAUUAUUGCAUUGUAAUAUUCUGUUGUUACAAUAACUAUUAUUUUUUUCUCGUU